CCAGGACUUCCCUUUUGAGCAGUUUCCAGGAUGCAUAUGGAAGUAUUAGCUCUAGGGCCUCUCCCUUUGGGGCACAAGAUAAAACUCUUAUUCAGUAAACCCUUUCUGAGCUGAAAACGUCAUCCUUCCCUCAUCUUACUCAACAAAUGCACGUCACUCCUGUUGAGAGGAGCUGGGGAAAGCUGGAUUUGCUUUGCCAUCAGUUGGCCUCAGUGUGAAGGAGGAGGUGCGAGCUGUGCAGUGGGGUGUGAGCUGUCUAAUAAAGCAUUCCCUUUACUUUUAAGCCAUCUGAACACGUACAGGCACACGCUCCCUUUCUGUUGCUGGCUGACUGUUCCAAAAAUUCCUGUAGACACCGGUAAAUGCUUGAGCCCUCUAACCCUCCAUUAAAGCUGGUGGUGAAAUAUGGGCUGCUGGAGAGCUGGGCAGGCAUGUACUGUUUGCUCAUACAAACCUGGCAUAAGGAUGUCAAAUAGAAGUCUGGGAUUUCAUUUGCAAAGCUUUAGUUUUCUGCUGCUCUCGCUAACCAAAUUAGCUGCGUUAUUCCAGUCCUGAUGAGUCCUCCCGUUUAGUCUCUUCAUUUCCAAGCACUGCUUUGGAUGAAGUUGUCUUUAAUUAACAAAGGCAAGCCUGAAGCUAUCUGCUUCUUUGUGAACAGGCUGCUGUUUGGGAUCACCUUUUGGGGAUCAAUUCGGCAACUGUUGCGCUGUUCCUUCCUAGCAAAUAUUUCAGAGGCAAUUCUUCCUUAGUUUCUUGUAGCUCCAGGAUUUUCUCCUUCUUUCUUCCUGCUCAUGUCUCUGUGGUCAUCUGUCCUCUGGUCAGGGUUCAUCACUUCCUCGAGAAACAAGCCUGGUGUUCUCUGGGUCUCCCUUGAGGAAAAACAAAUAACAGUUGUGACAGAGCUAACAAACCGUCUCACAAAGCAGUAAGUGCAUUUCUCUGUAAUUCUUGCCCUUGUUACAGGUAUUAUAUUUUUUCUAGUAAAAUCAAGUAGCCUCAGGCAGUGGAUAACUGUUACUUUUUCAUCUGUCCAGCACUGAAUGAUGCUUGGAGAAAUGUCUCAGCUGAGACCUAAGGAACAUUGUACUUCCAGCUGGAGAUGCAGAAUUUUCUCCUGCGUGUGUUUAGUUCAGCUGUUCCUUAUGUUCCUUCCCUGCUUGCUGGGGCUGCCCAGCAGAGCAUGAAUGAGAGCCUCUCUUCAUGACUGCCUGCUGCUCCCCCUCCUGCUCCCACCUCCUUGCAAAGCCUUCUCUUUCCUCUGGGCUCAGCCCCUCUUGCCUGUGCUCCUGAGCUCUGCCCCUCCAGUGGGAGCUGCAGGUUUAUCUGGAGGCGAGGAGUCUCAUUUGUAAGCCGAGAUCCAGGGGGAGAGAAAUGGUUUGGCUGCCCAGGAGUAACGAGGAGAGGCAGAGCCUGGGCACCAUGACUGUAUUCCCCACUCUUGGGCUUCUCUUCCUUUGUCAGCUAUUAGCCACAACAUCAGCUCAGAGAGUUGGACCACAAGGCCCUCCUGGACCCCGAGGACCCCCUGGACCAUCUGGCAAGGACGGCAUAGAUGGUGAGCCGGGCCCUCCUGGUUUGCCAGGCCCACCAGGACCAAAGGGUGCACCAGGAAAGCCUGGAGCAGCUGGUGAAGCUGGGUUGCCUGGCCUCCCUGGAGUAGAUGGAUUAACGGGAGCUGAUGGCCCGCCUGGCCCAAAUGGGCCUCCGGGAGACCGUGGUGCAUUAGGACCUGCUGGGCCACCUGGACCUGCUGGUAAAGGACUACCGGGACCUCCAGGGCCUCCAGGACCCAGUGGACUUCCAGGAGGAAAUGGAUUUCGGGGUCCUCCUGGGCCAUCUGGUCUGCCAGGAUUCCCAGGACCUCCUGGACCACCCGGACCUCCCGGUCUCGCAGGCGUCAUUCCCGAAGGCGGUGGGGACCUUCAGUGCCCAGCUCUGUGCCCACCAGGUCCUCCCGGUCCUCCAGGAAUGCCAGGGUUCAAGGGACACACUGGUCACAAAGGAGAACCUGGUGAAAUAGGAAAAGAAGGAGAGAAGGGCAGCCCUGGCCCUCCAGGUCCUCCAGGCAUUCCUGGCAGCGUUGGCCUGCAGGGCCCAAGAGGACUAAGAGGUCUCCCUGGUCCAAUGGGUCCAGCUGGCGACAGAGGUGACAUCGGUUUCAGAGGGCCGCCUGGAAUCCCAGGACCUCCAGGGAAAGCUGGAGACCAAGGAAACAAAGGACCUCAAGGAUUCAGAGGGCCCAAGGGCGAUACAGGUAGACCUGGACCAAAAGGAAACCCAGGGGCUCGUGGGCUCAUAGGAGAACCUGGCAUACCUGGCAAGGAUGGACGGGAUGGAGCUCCUGGACUCGAUGGUGAGAAGGGUGAUGCAGCUCGUAUGGGUGUUCCUGGAGAGAAGGGGCCGAACGGACUUCCCGGGCUGCCUGGAAGAGCAGGGAUUAAAGGCUCUAAAGGUGAACCAGGCAGCCCUGGAGAGAUGGGAGAGGCCGGUCCCUCUGGAGAGCCAGGUAUCCCCGGCGAUGUCGGUAUUCCUGGUGAUAGAGGUCUGCCGGGACCCAGAGGAGCAACUGGCCCCGUUGGUCUCCCAGGCCCCAUUGGAGCCCCCGGUGUCCGAGGCUUCCAGGGUCCCAAAGGUGCCAGUGGGGAACCUGGCCUUCCUGGUCCGACUGGAAUUCGUGGAGAGUUUGGGGACAGGGGUCCUACUGGUGUUAUUGGUGCCAAAGGCAACCAGGGCAUUGCUGGAGCAGACGGUCUCCCAGGCGACAAAGGAGAACUGGGUCCCUUUGGUCCUCCUGGCCAAAAAGGAGAGCCAGGAAAAAGAGGAGAACUGGGUCCAAAAGGUGCCCAAGGACCCAAUGGGACAGCUGGAGUUCCAGGGAUCCCAGGACACCCAGGGCCCAUGGGCCAUCAAGGGGAGCGGGGGGUUCCUGGCAUCACAGGCAAACCGGGGCCUCCCGGCAAAGAGGCCAGUGAGCAACAUAUAAGAGAACUGUGUGGGGAAAUGAUAAAUGAUCAAAUCGCACAGUUAGCUGCUAAUCUGAGGAAGCCCCUGUCUCCUGGGAUGACGGGUCGUCCUGGCCCAGCUGGUCCACCGGGUCCUCCUGGAGCUACGGGAAGUGUUGGACACCCUGGUGCUCGUGGUCCCCCUGGAUACAGAGGGCCAACAGGAGAACUGGGUGAUCCUGGUCCCAGAGGUGACACUGGUGAAAAGGGAGAUAAAGGACCGGCUGGACAAGGAAUUGAUGGGCCUGAUGGUGAUCAAGGACCUCAAGGACUUCCUGGUGUACCUGGAAUUAGUAAGAAUGGUCGGGAUGGUGCUCAGGGUGAACCCGGUCUUCCAGGGGAUCCUGGUACUCCUGGUGCUGUCGGGGCUCAGGGAACUCCAGGCAUUUGUGACACGUCAGCUUGCAUGGGAGCUGUUGGAGCAUCAACUUCCAAGAAAUCAUAAAACAGUACAAGAA